AUGGCGACUCCCAAUAAUGUUACUCCCACCAACUGCAGCUGGUGGCCCAUCUCGGCGCUGGAGAACGACGCAGGGAAAUCCACGGAGGGGGAGGAAAAUCAGGACCCGACAGACCCCGCUCUCAAAUGCCAGGAUAGACUGGUUUUGUACCACUGGACCCAGUCCUUCAGCUCACAAAAGCCCUUUCUCCCCGGAUUCUUGCCCCAGGUGCGGCUGGUCAUCGCAGAGAAGGGGCUGCCCUGCGAGGAGCGGGACGUCAGCAUGCCCCUGAUGGAGCACAAGGAGCCCUGGUUCAUGCGGCUCAACCUGGGGGAGGAGGUGCCCGUCAUCAUCCACAAGGACAACAUCAUCAGCGAUUACAACCAGAUCAUCGACUACAUGGAGAAGAACUUCACGGGAGAAAACGUCACCCAGCUGAUCCCCGAGCCGGGCAGCCUGCUGCACUCGCGGGUGCUGCAGUACCGGGAGCUGCUGGACUCGCUCCCCAUGGACGCCUACACGCAUGGCUGCAUCCUGCACCCCGAGCUCACCACCGACUCCAUGAUCCCAAAGUACGCGACUGCUGAGAUCCGCAGACAUUUAGCUAACGCCAGCACGGAGCUGAUGAAGCUGGACCACGAAGAGGAGCCACAGCUAUCAGAGCCCUACCUGUCCAAGCAGAAGAAGCUCAUGGCCAAGAUCCUGGAGCACGACAACGUGAACUACUUGAAGAAGAUCCUUGGUGAACUGGGGAUGGUGCUAGACCAGAUCGAGGCUGAGCUGGAGAAGAGGAAACUGGAGUACCAAGGGCAGAAGUGUGAACUUUGGCUCUGCGGAUGCGUCUUUACUUUGGCUGAUAUCUUGUUAGGAGCCACCCUGCACCGCCUCAAGUUUUUGGGACUCUCUAAGAAAUACUGGGAAGAUGGCAGCAGACCUAACCUACAGUCCUUCUUCGACAGGAUACAAAAACGCUUCGCCUUCAGGAAAGUUUUGGGAGACAUACAUACCACACUCCUCUCCGCAGUGGUACCCAAUGCCUUCAGGCUGGUCAAGCGGAAACCUCCCUCCUUCUUCGGAGCCUCCUUCCUGAUGGGAUCUCUGGGGGGAAUGGGAUAUUUUGCUUAUUGGUACUUAAAGAAAAAAUACAUCUAG